AUGGCACCAACUCAAUUGGAGAUCAAACUAAGGUCUUUACAGAGACUUUUGAAAGAAGAAAAGUACUAUCAACAGGAGCUUCAAGAACAGAAAGACCACGUCAAACACCUGGAAAAUAGCGAAGCAGUGGAUCCCUAUGAUUUGAAGAAACAAGUAGAAGUCUUGCAGGAUACAGAAAGACUGGUGCCUGCGUUGUACGAGAAAAUCGAACAAUUCAAAGAUGAUUUGGAGCAGUUUUCCGAGAGCUACAAUGGAGCGGAAGACUUGCAACCAGUGAAAUCUACAUUGGAAGAAGCUGAGAAGCUCCUGGCAAAAAACUAA